AUGUGUGAAAAAUUGAUUAACUAUUAUAGUGUGGGAAUCCUCAUUUUUUAUAUCUCAAAUCGUUUUGUGAGAUCUUCACCAAAAAGAUGGUUGUUGCGGUGCUCCAGUGCUCAAAGCGCCGCCAACCCAACAGCAAACUAUAUUUAUGCAGGCAACAGGAAGUGUCAGCAUCUACUUGUGGAUAGCACUGAUUCUGGUAGACUAGAAGAAUCACGAGUACAGUUGGAUGAGCUUCUGGUGGAGGAUAAACUCACUGGAGUACCCGUACUAGUGUUUGCAAAUAAACAAGACCUAGGGAUGGCUUUAAAAGCUGAUGAUAUCAGCAACGAUAUGAAGCUAACUGAGCUGACUGACAGACGAUGGCAGAUACAACCAUGCUCGGCCAAAACUGAAGAAGGGAUUGCGGUACACAACAAUCCACUUACCAGUCGCUUAGGCUGGAAGGACAAGCCACCAUGUUGGAGUUUCUCCACAGAGUUGAAUUUCAACCACGAGGUUUAGUCACAAUCAAUCGCAUGUGCAGAAAUAGUGAGCCCCACCCCCUUCUUCUGUUUUGAGACAUCUUCAGGUUUCAGGCUAGAAACAGAGUUGCUGAGAAUGAGAUUUAGAGAAUUGUUAGGGUUUUCCGAGCGAGCAGAGUUCUUUAACAGCUACAAAGAUGACUUCAACUUUGAUGUUGUCAGCAGGGAAGACAGUGAGCUGAAGGAUGAAGAACUGAAUUUCUAUUGAGAUAGUCCUGACAGCUUCUACAUUGUACCAUUUGCUGACGCCCUGGACUUGGUUCAGAGCAGACAAGUGGUCAUCAAGAGUGGCGCUGUGUACAUAUCCGUCAACAAUGAGGAAAUGAUUGCUCGUUUGGUGUGCAACAAGUUCAGACAGAAGCUUUCUGAGGAACUAGUGAAGACCCGCAACCACCUACCAGUGGUGGAUGAUGAUAAGAGGAUUGCCCCCAUGCUCAAGACCAUCAAACAUCGCUACCUUGGUGAGGACUUCUCCAGUGUGGGAGAGAAUCUGCAGGGAAGCAUCUCACUGGCCCAGAUUGACUUCGUGAGUCUUUGUGCAUGUGCUUCAGAUUAGUUAAAUAAUUAACCAUGGCUUGCAUUUUUGUUGUACAGCGUAGAUUUGUGUGUACGUGUGGUUAUAUAUAGAUUCCCUAUAUAAUUUGUGUAAGU